AUGGCUUCUUGUGGUGUUCUCAAAGGGAAUUUCUCCCCCAUGCUUCAUUCUCAAGAUGGGUCUUCUCUUUCGAGGUUGUCAACUUCUCUCCAUUGCAAGAAGUGGAAGCUGAAUGUAGUAGCAAGUGCCCAAGACCAUAAUGCAGAUGAAGACAAAAAUAAUCCUGGAGCCAUGAGUAGUGGUCAGCAAAAGCAAGAGAAACUGAAGGUCAAAAGGGCCCUCAAUUUCUCUGGAGAAAAGCCUUCUACUUCCAUCUUAGAUACCAUCAACCACCCAAAGCAUAUGAAGAAUCUCUCCAUUGAGGAACUGGAGAUGUUGGCUGAUGAACUCCGGGAAGAGCUGAUUUAUGUAGUCUCAAAGACUGGUGGGCAUCUCAGUGCAAGCCUAGGAGUGGCUGAGCUCACAGUUGCCCUUCAUCAUGUCUUCAACACCCCAGAUGAUAAGAUCAUUUGGGAUGUUGGACAUCAGGCAUAUCCGCAUAAGAUAUUGACUGCCAGGAGAUCAAGAAUGCAUACCAUUCGACAGACUAGUGGGCUUGCUGGCUUCCCCAAGAGGGACGAGAGUGUGCAUGAUGCCUUUGGAGCUGGCCAUAGCUCUACCAGCAUUUCAGCUGGCUUAGGGAUGGCAGUUGGUAGAGACUUGUUAAGGAAGAACAACCAUGUGAUUGCGGUGAUCGGGGAUGGAGCCAUGACAGCAGGACAGGCAUAUGAGGCAAUGAACAAUGCAGGUUAUCUCGAUUCAAACCUUAUCAUCAUCCUCAAUGACAACAAUCAAGUCUCUCUGCCCACUGCCACCGUUGACGGCCCUGCUCCUCCCGUUGGAGCUCUAAGCAAAGCCCUAAAGAGGCUUCAAUCCAGUAGAAAAUUUCAGCAGCUCCAUCAAACCGCAAAGGCCAUCACCGAGCGAGUUGGAGGCCAGGCCCAUGAAAUUGCUGCCAAAGUAGACUUGUACCUGAGAGGGAUGAUCAAUGGGUUAGGAGCCUGCUUCUUUGAAGAGCUUGGAUUGCACUAUAUUGGUCCAGUGGAUGGCCAUAAUAUGGAAGAACUUGUCCAUAUAUUGAAGGUGGUUAAGGCCAUUCCUGGGCAGGGAGCUGUUCUAAUCCAUAUUGUUACUGAGAAAGGAAAAGGAUAUGCUCCUGCUGAAGCUGCCCCUGAUAAGAUGCAUGGCGUCGUUAAAUUCGAUCCCCAUUCAGGAAAACAGUUGAAGUCGAAAUCGAGCACACUCUCAUACACCCAAUACUUUGCAGAGUCUUUGAUUGCAGAAGCAGAAAGAGAUGACAAGAUUGUAGCAAUCCAUGCUGCAAUGGGGGGAGGCACUGGACUUAAUCUAUUCCAGAAACGCUUCCCCAAUAGAUGCUUUGAUGUUGGGAUUGCAGAGCAACAUGCUGUCACCUUUGCUGCUGGUCUAGCUACUGAAGGCCUCAAGCCUUUUUGUGCUAUUUAUUCUUCUUUUCUGCAAAGAGCUUUUGAUCAGGUAGUUCAUGAUGUGGAUCUUCAAAAGCUUCCAGUGAGAUUUGCAAUGGACAGGGCUGGCCUUGUUGGUGCGGAUGGUCCGACCCAUUGCGGGGCCUUUGACACUACUUUCAUGGCUUGUUUACCUAACAUGGUGGUCAUGGCCCCUUCGUGUGAACGCGAGCUCAUGAACAUGGUGGCCACAGCUGCAGCCAUUGACGACAGACCCAGUUGCUUUAGGUACCCUAGAGGAAACGGCAUUGGUUCUAUUAUCCGUCCCUUCAACAAAGGGACACCUUUAGAGGUUGGUAAGGGAAGGGUGCUGGAGGAGGGAACCAGGGUGGCUAUACUGGGCUAUGGCACAAUUGUACAAAGCUGUGUGGCAGCAUCACAUCUACUUCAAAGGUUCGGCAUAUCAGCAACAGUGGUCGAUGCACGAUUCUGCAAGCCUCUUGAUGGAGAUUUGAUCAGGCAGCUGGCUCGAGAGCAUGAGGUCCUCCUCACUGUUGAAGAAGGAUCCAUUGGAGGUUUUGGCUCUCACGUCUCCCAUUUCUUGGCCUUGAAUGGAUUGCUGGAUGGAACUCUUAAGUGGAGGGCUAUGAUGCUACCCGAUAGAUACAUCGAUCAUGGAUCACAGAGGGAGCAGAUUGAGGAGGCUGGGCUGACCUCGAAGCACAUUGCGGCCACAGUUUUAGCUUUAAUAGGUGAAAACAAGGAUGCCCUUCACCAACUCAAAUUAAAAUAG